UGUGCAGCUAGGUAAACAAACAGGAGAGGAGAGGAAACGAGCAGAAGCAAGCACUUUGGUGGCUUUGGGCUCCCUCGGGGACAUUUUAUAUACUUUAUAUCCGUUUUUGUAACAAUUUAAUACCGUGUUUCCUAGAGACUUUUAAUACUUUGAUACACUGGUUUUGACAUUUUCCAACCAAGGAUUGGUUGUAGCUUCCCAGCUGGGAAACACUGGAUUUCCCCCCCUCUCUUCUUUCGACAAAGCUGCUGAUGAGCCAGCGAAGACACAGAAAAAGAUAAUACAACACGACGUGUUUAAAAAAAAAAUAACACUCAGUGUAGUAAUUACCGAUGCACUGUCUUCCCUGGGUGUAAAAGCAAUCUGCUGUUGGUGCUAUUUGCGAAGCUAACGUUACGUUAACCUGAAGAGCUAACGUCAACGGCAGCCAGGAGAGAAUGACUGCUAUCCAAUUAAUAAAUAUUCAACGGUUAUUGGAAGCUGCCGAAUAUAUAGAGAGGAGAGAUAGAGAGUGUGAACACGGAUAUGCUUCGACAUUUCCAUCAAAUGAGGACACAAACUACCAGAGGCAAAGGAAAUUUCGAAACAAGAAGUUUAGCAAUAACCACAAUAGGUCCACACACAAUGAGCUGGAGAAGAAUAGACGAGCUCACCUGCGGCUCUGUCUCGAGCGGUUGAAGGCCCUCAUACCCCUGGGACCCGACUGCAACCGGCACACAACCCUGGGCCUGCUCAACAAAGCCAAAUCACAGAUAAAGAAACUUGAAGAUGCAGACAGGAAGAGCCAGUACCAGCUGGAGUCUCUGGAGCGGGAGCAGCGGCACCUCCAGCGCCAGCUGGAGCUGCUGAGGGGGGGCAGCGGUGCUGCAGCCCAGAGCAGCCCAGGGGAGGGGGAGAGGAUACGCAUGGACAGUGUGGGCUCCACCCUCUGCUCCGACCGCUCCGACUCUGACCAGGAGGAGAUUGAGGUGGAUGUGGAAAGCACAGAGUUCUCCCAUGGAGAGCUGGACAGUGUGAGCACAGCCAGCACCAGCGACCUGGACGACCACAGCAGCCUGCAGAGCAUGGCCAGCGACGAGGGCUACUCCUCCUGCAGUGUCAAACUUGCCUUCUCCUCCUAGAUCUCCCACUCCGCCACCGCCAGCAUCUCCUCCCUGCCAAACCCGCCGGCCCUCCCAUCUGUUUCUCCAUCCAGCCAUGUCUACGUGCACACACCCCCGCCGUCACCUCCGCCUACGACGGCCACAGCUGACAGCGUUCCUGUCGUUCCUGCCUCUCAGCAGCGCCCCCUAUGGCUCCUAGCCUUUAGUCCC